GCCUAUCGAUAAGUCGAUAAUUGUUAUAAAAAAAUUUGUUAUAGUCGCGGAUUUUUUGUGUUUGGCGGUGUGCGAAAGUGAGAUGGCUGCGGCAUAUGUUUAGCGUGUCCGAAAAAUGUUUACAGUUAGCCCGCCCCUUGCGUAAUUGAGCCCGUGUUGGUGUUGGUGGCCGCAUCCCCCGCUCCGCGUCCGUGCAAAUCUCGCCGCUCCGUUCGGAUUCGAUUCCCGUGUUGUACCGAGAUUACUGCUACGUAAUUGACAUUCGGCGUUAUCUCGACGCCGCCUUUAAUUCACGCCCACCGCAUCGACAGAAGCUAUAGCCCCAGAAUCGUCCAGCAUUAUCUUCGAUCCCGCAUUAACUCUAGGAAUUGAUAAAUACACCCGCGUGUCCGUAGCUGUGUGUGUGUGUGAUGUGCUAAACAGUCCGGCAAAGGAAAAUUCACGGAUCAAAAUAAGCGCGCCAAUUGACGACUGACUGAUUGACGGAUAUAUAAUGAUCGUGGCAGAUCGUGCUGGGCAGUAAACCGAAACGAGAGUCAGAGAGAGUCAUUAGCAGAAGUCCCAGGAGUGGAAGAAAAAGGAGAACAAGUCGGGUCAAUCUACAAAGAUGGCUCGUCACAUUAUGGCCGUUUGCGUGGUGUGCCUACUCUGUGCACACCGCCUGCACUGCCAGGAUCACAUCGAGAGUCUAUUGGGCCCGGCCGUUGGGCUGGCGAUGACCCACAGCCAGGAGCAGUUGAACGCCCGCGUCUAUACGAACCAGAGUCCCUCCAGUGAAACCACCGAUCGGCGACAGCAGCAGCGAUCCGCUUCUGGCGACGACGACACCCCCAACUACAGCACCAGCCCGCCAACGAGGAGACAAAAGCGCCAUGCUGGCCACGACCACGGUCACAGUUCCAGCUCCGAGUCCCGUGUCCCGCAGAUCACCCAGUACUAUCUGGAGAAGCUAAUGGUCCAGAACGAGCUGAUGAACAGCAGCGGAUUCGAUGGUCUACUCCAGCAGCUCAGCCUCCACUCGCUGGCCAGUGGGGCAAGUGAAGGAACUUGCGUGCCCACUAGUCGCCUCGUGCAUCAUGUCCAGCCUCACGAUCAUCACCACGACCACGAAGAGGAGAAGAACCAUAAUAACCUGCAGCUGAACAACUGUACGCUCAGCCAGAAUGGCACCAACUCCAAUGUUGUAUGUGCACCCCACACACAUCCCCUCAGCGAGGAUGUUCAGAACUUCACGCUGAGUGAGAAGGACCUGCUCCAUCUAUGUCCCAUCCUGCUGUACGAGCUGAAAGCACAGAGCGGUGGAUGCAUAGAACCGUCUGUCUUGUCGGAUAUCGACAGCACCGAAGAGCGGCUGGAGGAGGAUAAGGAAAAGGAUAUAUUCUACGUGUGGGUCUAUGCCUUUAUUUCCGUAUUCGCCUGCGGCAUCCUUGGCCUGGUGGGAGUGGCCAUCAUACCGUUCAUGGGAUCGCGGUAUUACAAAUACAUCAUCCAGUAUCUGGUGUCGCUGGCCGUUGGAACGAUGACCGGCGAUGCCCUGCUGCACUUGAUGCCUCAUUCUCUGGCAGGCCAGGACGAACGAGGCAUGAUCAUGAAGGGGCUGGGCUGCCUGGGCGGCAUCAUCUUCUUUUAUGUGACGGAGCAUGCCCUCACCAUGAUCUCCGAGUGGCGCAAGAGCGUGGAGAAGAAGGAGACGAAGAAGCCGUCGAGGGCGAAAGUGAUGCGGGAUCCCGAUUCGUCGGUGAACAACUCCGUGGCCGGCGACAAGAUCUGCAAGCAGAAGUACAGCUCGUAUCCGUAUUGCUACGACGAGAUCACGAUGAACAACAAGCAGAGCGAGUGGAUGCACCUGCCCGGCGAUGGAGUGAACUCGGCGGCGGCGGGCGCUGGCGGGGAUGCAGCCUCAGCCGCGGAGUUGCGCAACGGUGUGGGCGAUCACGAGGGCUCCAACGACAUGUCCGCCGCUGCCGAGUCCCUGCUGUCAACGCUGCACACGAAUUGUGUGGAAAUGAAUCACCACAAUCACCACAAUCACAAGCACAACAGCCACCAGCAGAGUCAGGAGGGCCAGGAUAACAACACCAUUGUCACCGAUCUGGACGGCAAUGCGGUGUACGCCUCGACGAACAGUGCGAAGGAUAAGGAGGGGCGCAACGAUCAUGUGACUGUCAUCCUGCGGGAGCACGAGUCCUCGCAUCACGGCCACAGUCAUCGCCAUGGUCAUGUUCAUUCGCCGCCGGAAACGCUGAGCGCUGUGGCCUGGAUGAUCAUCAUGGGCGACGGACUGCACAACUUUACAGAUGGCAUGGCCAUUGGCGCCGCAUUUGCGGAGAACAUUGCCGGCGGCUUCUCCACCUCGCUGGCCGUCUUCUGUCACGAGUUGCCGCACGAGCUGGGCGACUUUGCCAUCCUGAUGAAGGCGGGCAUGUCGGUGAAGUCGGCCGUCUACUACAAUUUGCUGACGGGAGUCCUGAGCUUCAUCGGCAUGAUCUUCGGCAUCGCCUUUGGCCAGUCGCAGGAGGUGGCCAAGUGGAUGUUUGCCGUGGCCGCGGGUCUGUUCAUCUACAUUGCCCUAGUCGAUAUGAUGCCCGAGAUCUCGGCCUCGCACAAAUCGCUCGGCCAGUUCCUGCUGCAGAUACUCGGCAUGCUGAGCGGCGUGGGGAUAAUGCUGGUGAUCGCCCUUUACGAGGGCGAUCUGAUGAGCGCGUUCGGCACGCCGGUGCAUUAAUCACAUAACUGAAAUUGUAACCAACCGCAGCGAAUCUUGUAGCGUAUUAUGUGAAUGGCAGCGAAUAACUUGUGUGUAUUAACUGCAUUUUUCCGCCAGGCCUAGAGGACCUCUUGAAUUAUUAUUUUUUGUAUAAUUUGAUUAGAUUGUUGUUUACCUUAGUCCACAGAGUUACACAGAACACAGCCACAGACACACAGCCGGUUGGCGCUUAUCAACGCAUUUGUUAUCCAGUUUAUGAAACACACAACCUCACACAACCACACACCCACACAAGCGACGCGAUUCAGCAAACUCGUUUUAAUUUCGUUCCUAAUUUUGCUUUUGAACUGCGUUCGAAUCGAUUUCACACCCGAUUAAAUGUAAGAUGUCUUGAAAUUGCCUAGGUUAAAAAGUGAUCUUGAAUUUAGAAGAAACCAAUUGAAAAGAAGCUCCAAAACGAUCUGGUUCUGGAUCCCGAAGUCCUCUAAUAACUGAUCUUAUACACUGAAAAGAAGAGAAGAACCUAAAAAUUACGAUAUAAAUUGUAGAAUAUGUAUACAUACAUAUAGUUUUUGUAUUUUGUAGUCUAGGGUGCGCACGUUUACUUUAUGCGAGUUUAACAUUCUAAACCCAGAAUUAAGAGAUGUCCACUGUUAUGAUUUCUGACAGUACUUAACGACUUGAACGCCUAUAGUUUCCACUUUUGGAAAUACACAACCAACCCAUUUAAGCUUAAUUUAUUAUCGUAUUUGUAAUAAAUUUAAAAGAUUAUUCAAUUGCACGCUCAUGCAUAAUUUACAUUUUCGCUACCCCGUAGCGCCUUCGUUUAAUUAUGAUUUUGUAAUAAACCAAGAUAAAACCAA